AGACCCCUCUCUAUAUACCCUCCCUAAAGGUCACGUGACAUACCCGACAGUCACAACAAGAUCUUGUGGUUUUUAGUCCCGAUAUUGUGAUCAAUGAUGGUUUAACGUGUCCGUGGUGAGAAUAACAAAGGAGUAAGAGAACUGCCCUGCCUCUGACAGAUAAAAACAAGGCUGGGGAGCAAACAUGGCGGAGAAAGGUAUGUCAAUCAACGUCACCGGGAACCAAGGAACUGCCCACAACGUGUACGCCAUCGGAAUCCAUCAAGGGACACUUAAUGUAAACCAUUCCACGGAUGAAGACAGGCUACGCCAUUUAAAAGACCAAAUAGGGAAAGACAUUGAGAUCUGGAACAGGGGAAUGGUGAAAGUGUCUGCCAUUGGAACCAUCAUUGAGAAGCUUCAAACAAGCCACCGAUGGGUUACCGUGACGGGAAAUGCCGGUGAUGGGAAGACAACUCUUGCUUAUAUGGUGCUGAAACAUCUACAGGAUGAGGGGAAGGAAGUUUUUAAGAUCGAUACACCUGAGGACUUCUUCCUCAUCUGCAGGAACGUUCCUAACAGUGUUAUUUUGAUAAAUGAUAUUUUAGGCGCAUUCGAUUUUGAUCAAAGAGCUUUCAGCACUUGGCUACCUGUGUUUCAUAUAAUUUUAGAACGGCAGAAGAAGGAAACUGAACACAAAAAUGUUCCAAGCAUUAUAUUUGUGAGCAGGCUGAAUGUUUUAGAAGCUGCAAGAAAUCAACUGGGAAAAUACGGAGAUGUCAUCCUGGGAGAUGGUGCAAUAGUCAAUCCCGAUAGGAUGAACUCAGAUAGGGAAAAACUUGAAAUAUUAAACUUUCAUCUAGCCAGACAUAAUAUAAGCGACAUUCCAGAGAGCACAAAGGAGAAACUCAAAAGUCGGAGUCCGCAUGGAUUUCCUCAUUGCUGUGAGAUGUACGUUGAACUGCGAGCCAGUGGACAUGCAGUUGAUAUUUUCAAAUUCUUUUCGUCACCUCUCAAGUUCCUCAAUUACACAACGCAGGUUUUGAUUGAUAAAGAGAAGUGUUUUGACCAUUUUAAAAUACUUCUGAAGGCAGGUGGACAGUUGGAUAUCUCAAGCGUCACAGAUGCAACAUUGAGAACAGAAAUGCAAAGCACUGCUUCUAGUUUAAUGGGAAGCUAUCUUAAAACUAGUGAAAAUGGUGUAGCAUUCUCUCACCCUUCCAUCCAUGAGAGUGUGGCAGUAGCAGUUGGAAACAAAGACCCUGUCUUUGCUGCACAAGAGUUUCCUAUUUCACUCAUCAUGCAAAAAUGUACAAUGGGGGUGCCGAAGGAAUCGGAAAAUCAUUUGUACAUCUUCUUCAGUGAUCAUCCUCUGCUAUGGACGCACUUAUGCAGAGGAUGGCAACUGAAAUUCGUGACGGGAAUUACACUGUGAUACAACAUAAGUUGUGCUGGGAAAGGAAGUUCUGUGAAAUGUUGAUAGAGUCCUGUGUCUGCAACACAUUGUUCCCUUUUGGCAAGGCAUGGAACUGUGUUGGUAUCAACCAGAGAGACAGUACAGGGAGAACACUGCUCCAUGCAGCUGUUGGGUGUCACAACUACACUGCAGCAAAGAUACUACUGGAACGUGGGGCAAAUGUAAAUAUUUCUCCAAAACAAGACACAAAGAGUUUUCUUGCCGGUAUAGCCCAAAGCAUCCUCGAAAAAGACCCACAUCGUAUUGUCAGGAUUAUGGCAUAUGGGGAGACUGUACUUCAUUAUGCGUGUAAGAAUCGAGAUGUAGAUGCCAUUAUAAUUCGCCUGCUAACUGAUCAUGGAGCACACAUCAAUAGGGUUGAUGAGAAUGGAGAGACAGCCUUGCACUACCUAUGUCAGAGAGAAGAAGAAGAUGACGGGAUUUCACAUGGUGGAUGGAGAGGACUUUACAAAGCCUUCUCAAAAGCCGUCGCAAGAACCAUGGGCAGUGGGCAGAGGUACAGAGCGUCGAACAGAGAUAGCAUGGUCUUCCAGGCAGACAACUGGCAGACAUUGUUGGACCAUCUAUGUCAGAAAUAUGGUAUAGAUGAAAAGGAACUAGAUAUUACACGAAGUUCUUGUGGGAAUAGACAAUUGGAAGCAGAGACAGAAGAGGCCAAAGUUAUUACAAUGCUGAUCCAAAAUGGGGCGGAUGUCAACAAGACUGAUAAAUAUGGGCAGACAGCCUUUCAUCUGCUGUGUCAGAGAUCUCGUGUAGAUGUCAGAACAGUUCAUCUGUUGCUCCAAAAUGGUGCUAGUGUGAACGCUGCUGAUAAUAAUGGAAACACACCUCUGCACUACAUCUGUCAGCGCCACAAAGCAGACAUCAGUACCUUGUAUCUACUGACAGAACGCAGUGUUGAUUACACACUGAAGAACAAAUAUGGAAACACAGCAAUCUAUUUUCUGUGUCAGAGUCAAAAUGUCAGACUUGGCAAUUUUCCAAGGUAGUUAGGAUUUUGAGUGAAAUCACGUGCUCCUCCUGCAGUCUUACUGAUUUCGUAUUGUCCUCUUCAGUUAUUGUCUGUGAAGGACGAAAGAAGCAGUCUAUGAAGUUUUUAUUGUUGACUUUAUUUAUGAGAAUUUCGAAUUGACUUCAUGAAUUUUGCACUUAUGGAGUUUUUACAGUAAGAUAAAUAUAAUAUUGUAUUAGCAUGUAAACGUGCUAUUAAGUACUUGUGUACAAUAUGCCAGAAUCACGUUUUGUAAAUACAUGUUAAUAUUUAUCAAAGCUCGGCUGCGGUGUCUGUGGAUCGAAGAGGGUCAAGCACAUUCUAUUCUCUUUUGUCCUGGGUACGUAUGUGAACAGCAAUUUAUAAGCUACAUUGUCAGCUUCAUGACUUAAUUGAAAGUUGAAUAGGAGUAACAUCCUUAUCAUCACGUCCAACAUUAAUAUAUGUUUACUAACUGAAGGAUAUGUGUCCAGAUUGGCAGAGCAUCCAUUUACUCCGACACGAAGAGCUGAUUGUCAUGUAGACAUGGCGCUCGUCCUCAGCGUUGUCUUCAAAGUAGCAUUUCUACAAGAUAGUUGCAACAUCACUUCUAAAUAUAAGUAUACAUAACUUUAUUGUUUUAAUAAACUCCAUAAAUAGCAUUCCAGAUGGAGUUGUGGCUAUUAAACCAGGGCCCCGUUCCACAAAGAGAUCUUAGCGCUACGAUCAUCGCAAGCCUAUGUUUAAGUAUGGGAGUUACGAUCAUCUUAGCGCUACGAUUAUCGCAAGCCUAUGUUUAAGUAUGGGAGU